AUGCCUAUGGAUUCAUCUAUUGAAACAGAAUUAGUAGAAGCUCAGGAUCAACUGCAUAAAAUAGCCCACCUCAUAGAAGCAAAUUCCAGAAAAAAAUCUAAAAAUGAUGUUGAAGACCUGUUUAUCCUUCGCAAAGGAAAUACAGUAUACGACACAGUUGAUCAAUCAAGUCAAGGAACGGAUAUUGCCUAUGCUAAUCAGCUUGCUAAAUCCAGUAACGUAGAUUGGUGUAUGCCAAAUCUGAAAACUUACUUGCCUGCGUAUACUUUGGUACAACAGGAAGCAAUCAAAAAGAAUCUCAACUACCUGGAAGAAGAGUUUGAAGAAGUCCACAGGCAUGACAACGAGAACUCUUUGACACACUCAAGAGCUGGUACUAUGGAGAGUUUGAAGCCAGUGCUUUUUGUAAAGGGCAUGACUGCUCCUUGA